GACAGAGUCCGGUCGGGUGUCCGCCCACCAGGAUGGGAGAGAACAUAACGCAGUUCACGCUGUAGCGAGCUGCUGCUAUUCUCUGGAUUUAACCUUAAGCAGGACAGAGCCGCUGCGGGAGAAGGUUUGUGCCAGCCGGUGCUUGUACGGAUUGUUAGAGAGGCUGGAGUCAUGGGCCCAGACACCACUUCUGACACAAAAACAGAAUCUUCAGAGGAAAGUCCCGGAGAGAUCAACGUGAAGGAAAUCUCAGAGUCAGAUUCCACUGACACAGAGGACUCUAAACUGCUAGCGACCAGCACUAAAGACAAGUGUUACCCUUGCUCCACCUGUGGGAAGGUAUUUGACAGACCAUCAAAGCUAGAAAGGCACAAACAUGUGCACACAAGGAAGCCUAAGACUCUUUUUCAGUGUCAGCAUUGUGACAAGAGUUUCACUCAAGAAGAGAAGCUGAUCCGACACCAGAAUUGCCACAAUAGGACUAACAAACAUCCCUGCCCAGACUGUGGAAAAAUUUUCAACAGGCCUUCAAGGCUAGAGAGGCAUAAGCGCACACACUCAAAGAAACCAAAAGUGCCUCAUCAGUGUUCAUACUGCAUGAAGACGUUCAGUAAGCUGAACAAACUUAUCCGUCACAAGCGAAUGCACACUGGGGAGAAGCCUUUCACCUGCUCCAUCUGUGGGAAAGGAUUCUCUGAGUUAGGUCACUGCAAAGCACAUGAAAAGACACACGAGGAGCAACCGGAAAAACCUCACUGCUGCCCGGACUGUGGGAUGCGUUUCUUCAAGGCCUCAGAGGUCCGUCGGCACUUUCGCUCCCACUCUGGGGAGAAACCUUUCAGAUGCAGUUUGUGUGACAGUUGCUUCUCCCGUUCAGAAGGGCUUAAAAGACACAUGAGGAGGCACACAGGGGAAAGACCAUACAAAUGUAUUAUCUGUGGGAAAGGAUUUUACUCUCGUCAGGAUUUGAAUAUUCAUGGGUUGACCCACUCGGGAGAGAAACCACAUCUUUGCCCUGUGUGUGGAAAAGGCUUCUCACAGCUGGGCAACAUGAAAGAGCAUGAACAAAAUGUUCACAUUAAAUCAGAGAAGUAUAUUUGCAAUGAAUGUGGGGCAACCUUCACACGAUACAAGUCUCUGAUAAAACAUCAGCGGACACACACAGGAGAAAGACCCUAUCUCUGCCUCACCUGUGGUCGCAAGUUUUCAUGGAGCCAUUCUCUAAGCAGACACCAGAGGACACACAUGCAUGGACAGAUGUCUUUGGAAACGUCCAAAGACACAUUAAGUUUAGAAGGAGCUUCUGAGAAUCCCAGUAGUUAAAAAAGAAUAUUAAUGGAGAGAACAUUUUGUUAGCAAACCGCCAAUUUGCGGUGUAUUGAGAACAAAUUUUACAUUUUUUACAUGAUUCACUUUGCUGCUCACGGAAAUCCUUAGCAUGAGAUUCUUAUUCCUCCAAAGGGGGGCGUGUCAGAAAAAGUUUGAGAACCACUGACCUAGAGUAAGGGUUCCCUAAUCCUGGAUGAACACAGAUCAGGUGGAUGUUCUGUUCACUUCUUCCUCUCAUGACAAAUGUUUAUUUGUCUUAAAAUAGCAUGGAUGAAAUCUCAUACACUAUCAUGUUUCAAUAUUUUUUAUUUCUUAGCCAUCUUCCCAGAAUAAACAAAUAAAUGCCAAAAAUUAGCAAAUUUUAUACUCAUGUAUGAAAUUAACAUUAUUAUUAUUACUACUAUUAUUUUGAUUCAGUUUGUGCAGAAUGGUUAAUGCUGUACUGACAGAGCAGAAAGGUGUUGGUACACUGUUCUCUAUGCAGGUAAUAGGAAACACCUACCAAUGAGAUUGCAUAUAGACCUGUGGCCUGAAGUGCAACAGCUUCACUGAGACAGUGAACAAUCAGUUUGAUCUGUUCUGUGCAGCAGCUGUUUUCCUCCGGUGCGAGUUGUGUGUAAUUAAAAUGAAUAUCAA